AUGCCACUGCCACUACCACCCCAGCGCUCCAGACGUGAGACUAAGAAAUCUCAGUCCAGCAAAAUUGUGCCCAGUGAUCAUGGCCCAUCUGAAAAGAGAGAGGAGAAUUACCAAGCAAAGAUAUCUCCAUCUUCACCUCAGGGACCACUGAAAAAGAGGUCAGCUUUUGAAGAUCUCACCAACGCUUCUCGAAGUCAACCUGCCAAGCCCAAGAAGGAAGCCAGUAAUGAGUUUGUUAAAGAUGUUUCCAAGAAGAUAAACAGGAACACACCUGCUCGUGGACAUUGUUUCCUUUACAGGUAUAAGCUGGAACUCUCACCAGCAGUAGUCUCAACCACCAUGGUACCAAAUAUUAUAGAUAAACCGCUCAUUCUGGAGAUACCUACCAGCUCCAAGACACCCACUACUGAGGAGGCAUCUCUUUUCAAAAAGCCUUUCAUUUUAAAAGAGGAACCCACUACUGAGGAUACAAUCCUCAUCAAGAGGUCAUUAAAGAAGAGCACAAAUCAGGGGGAGGUGUCCCUCUUGGAGAAGCCACUGUCCUUGCAGGAGGAGACUGACAGUGAUGCUGUAGAGCCAAUGACUUUUGGGAAGAAGAAGAAGCCUAAAACUGAGGAGGCAACCCCCACCAAGAAGCUGUUGUCUUUAAAGAAAAAGUGUACCACUCAGGGGAAGGUGUCCUGUAUGAAGAAGCCACUAGUAUUGCAGAAGAUCACCUCUGAAGAGAAGUCACUCGCUAAGGAGCUGUUGUCUUUUAAGAGAAAGCCUACCACUGAGAAGGAGUGCCUUUUCCAGGAACUAUCUGCAUUGCCAAAGAAGCACACCACUGAACAAGAGGUGUCCAUCUUGAAGAAAUCAUUGGCCUUGCAGGAGAAGAUCGACACUGAAGAGGAUUCCAUCUUUAAGGAACCAUUGGCUUUUAAGAAACAACCUACCACAACGGAGACAACCCUCACCACAAGGACAUUAUCUUUAAAGAAGAAGUGCACUACUCAGGGGAAGAUAGCCCACUUGAAGAAGCCAUUAGUAUUGCAGAAGACCAUCUCUGGAGAGAAGGCACUCAUUAAGGAGUCAUUGUCCUUUAAAAAGAGGCCUACCACUAAGGAGGAGUCCCUCUUCCAGGAGCUAUCUGUGUCGCAAGAGAAGCACACAACUGAUGGGGAGGUUACCCUUUUGAAGAAGCCAGGGGCAUUGCAGGAGAAAAAAGAUGGUGAAGAUGAAUUUCUUAUGGAGCAAAUUUCCUUGAGGAAGAAGCAUACUACUAAGGAGGCAACCCUUUCCAAGAAGCCAUUACCUUUAAAGAAGAAGCGUACCACUCGGGGGAAGAGGUACCGCUUGAAGAAGCCACUAGUAUUACAGAAGACCACCUCUGAAGAGAAGUCACUCAUUAAGGAGCCGUUAUCCUUUAAGAAGAAGCCUACCCCUAAGGAGUCCCUUUUCCAAGAGCCAUCAGCAUUGCAGGAGAAGCACACCACUCAGGAGGAGGUGUCCAUCUUGGAGAAGUCGUUGGUCUUGCAAAAGACCCCAACUGAGGAGGAGUCCUUUUUAAAGGAGCCUUUGGCUUUUAACAAGAAGCGUACCAUUGAGGAGGCAACCUCCUCUAAUAAGCUGUUAUCUUUAAAGAAGAAGUGUACCAGUCAGGGUAAGAUGUCCUGUUUGACCAAGCCACUAGUAUUGCAGACCAUUUCUGAAGAGAAGUCACUCAUUAAGGAGCCAUUAUCCUUUAAAAAAAAGCCUGCCACUGAGGAGGAGUCCCUCUUGAAGAAACCAUCUGCACUGCAAGAGAAGGACACCAUUCAGGGGGAUUUGGCCCUCUUGAAGAAGCUAUGGGCAUUGCAGGAGAAUAUAGACAGUAAAGAUGAAUUUCUUAUGGAGCCAGUGUCAUUUAGGAAGAAACAUACCACAGAUGUGGCAGCCUCUACCAAGGAGUCGUUAUCUUUAAAGAAGAAAAAGUGUACCACUCAAAUGAUGAUGCCUAUCUUCCAAGAACAUUUGGACUUACAGAAUAUGAUUGGUGAAGGUAAGGACUCCUCCUUUAUGGAGCCAAUGUCAUUUAGGAAGAAGUCUUCAACUGAUGAGGCAAUUCUUACCAAGACACCGGCAUCUUUAAAAAAGAGGCAGAUCACUCAGGGGAAGACGUUCCUCUUAAAGAAGCCACUGGUCAUAGAGAAGACUACCUCUGAAGAGGAGUCACUCUUUAAGGAGCUGUUGCCCUUUAAAAAGAAGUCUACAACUGAAGAGGAGUUCCUCUUCCAGGAUCCAUCUGUACUGAAAGAGAGACACACCACUCUGCAAGAGGUGUCCCUCUCAAAGAAGCCAUUGGCCUUGCAGGAGAAUAUCACCACUGAAGAAGAAUCAUAUAUUAAGGAGCAGUUGACCUUGGAGGAGAGGUCUACCACUGAGGAGGAAUUCUCCUUUCAGGAGCCAUUUUCAUUGCAUGUUAAACCUACCAACAAAGAUGAGUCCCUCUUCAGGAAGUCUUUUGCCUUGCAGAAGAAGACUGAUAACAAAGAGGACUCCUUGAAGGCACUGUUGGCUUUGCAGGAGAAAAGCACCACUGAAGAGGAAUUCCUUUUCAAGAAACCAUUGGUUCUGAAGGAAGAGCUCUCCACUGAGGUGGCAGUGAGCAUAGAGGGGCAGUUAUCUUUAAAGAAGCCCACUGCUCAGGGGGAGGUGUUCCUCUUGAAAAAGCAGUUGGCCUUGCAAGAAAACAUCACCAGUGAAGUGGAUGAAGAGGAGUCCCUUAUUAAGCAGCCCCUGGCCUUGCAGGAGAAUCCCAGCAUUGAGAAGGAAAUCAUCUUGAGGGAGUCCUUGGCCUUGCAGGAGAAGCCCACGAGUGAGAAAGAGACCCUCUUUGAGGAGCCCUUGGCCUUGCAGAAGAAUCCCACAACUGAGGAGGAGGCUAUCCUGAAGGAGCCCUUGGCCUUGCAGGAGAAGCCCAGCAGUGAGAAAGACUUGUCUUCCAAGGAGCCAUUGGCCUUGCAAAAGAAUCUCACUCACAAAGAAGACACAUUUCUCAAAGAUUUCAUCAACCUCCAAGUUGAAACCAGCCCACAUGUGUCCACCACUGCCCCUGACUCUAGAAUAGGCUUGUCCAGCACUGUCACCGUGUCCAGUGUGGGCAAGUUCAGUACCACAAGCCAGUCCAGUACUUGUGAAUCCAGUUCCAAUAAACCUUUCUCAUCUCAGGACGAGAGAUCAGAGAAGGAGAUGACCCCACUGGAGGAUGUUGACAAGGACCACAGUGAUCCAUUUUUCAACUCAAUAUAUAUUAAGGAUAUCUUCAGUUACAUGAAGGAGAGAGAGGAAAAGUUCAUACUUAAAAAAUACAUGACCAGGCAGACUGAUAUCAACAGUGACAUGAGGGCCAUUCUCGUGGACUGGUUGGUGGAGGUGCAGAUGACCUUUGAGAUGAGUCAUGAGACCCUGUACUUGGCAGUGAAGCUGGUAGAUCACUACCUUAUGGAGGUAAUAUGCAAGAGGGACAAGCUACAACUCCUUGGUUCCACUGCUUUUCUGAUUGCCGCAAAAUUUGAGGAGCCCUGCCCACCUUGUGUGGAUGACUUCCUGUACAUCUGUGAUGAUAUGUAUAAGCGAGAUGAGAUGCUCGCCAUGGAAAACAGCAUCCUAAAAACCCUCCAAUUUGAUAUCAACAUUCCCAUCGCCUAUCAUUUUCUGCGCAGAUAUGCUAAGUGUGUCCAUGCCAGCAUGAAGACACUGACCUUGUCCCGCUUCAUCUGUGAAAUGACCCUGCAGGAAUAUGACUAUGUCCAGGAGAGGGCUUCCAAGCUAGCUGCUGGCUCCUUCCUCCUGGCCCUCUACAUGAAGAAGCUCGGACACUGGGCUCCUACCCUGGAGUAUCACAGUGGCUACAAGACCUCUGAUCUUCACCCCUUGGUCAGGCAGCUGAACAUCCUGCUGACUUUACGUUCGUGCAAUAAGCUCAAGGCUGUGCAUUCCAAGUAUUCCCACCAGGUCUUCUUUGAAGUCACCAAAAUCCCACCCUUGGACAUGUUGAAACUGGAGGAGAUUUUGAACUGCUGCUAA